AUGAAGGAGGUCAUCUACAGCUUCUACCCUGAUCUUUUCGACAGCCACGUCUACCCGCCUACCUACUAUGUUUGUGCCGCUCUCGAAAACCACAUGCGUCAUAUGGAUGAAAGCAUGGGAGUAAAGGUCGGCGGCCGCUACCUACAUCAUCUCCGCUUUGCAGAUGACAUCGUGCUUAUAACAUUCGACAUCGAGCAGGUGGAACAAAUGCUGGCCGAAUUCGACAAUGCUUGUGAAGAGAUCUGA